GCCAGCCCGCGCUUGGCGACUAACGCGAUUACCCGUGUUGCGACCUUGCUGUUUGAGGUUACUGUAGACAGUGCUUCGCGAACCUGAACGGAGCUGAUUGCUGAUCACCCGGCGAGUAUCAACUCCAUCAUGAGACACCAACUGGACGUCCAGACCACAGGUUGGGCACAGAUUGGUCAACGCUCAGUUGGCAGCGCAGAGCCGCAUAACCAACUAACAAGCCGGUAAAGGUUAAAUAAGGGCGGCUGGCGCCGAGAGUAAGUCUGAGCCCUUACUCGAUCUCCAACAUUCCCAAACAACUCAUUUCCAAGAAUUCGAGCCCAUUCAGGAUGGCGACCUUGUUCGAUAACAUUCACAGGCGUGCGCACCGGGUGCAUGCCCGCUUCCAUCCCCACCACGGCGAUCGUCACGCGGAAAGAGACUCGUAUAUGACCUUGACGAUCCGUAAUCUUCCCUUGGGAACCACAGAAGACGACGUCUUUGAGCAUAUUAGGCGUCAGAGACACGAUUCUGACCCCAUUGUCAAUCCCUUGACAAAGGAAACGAACCAGCGCACGCUCUGCGCGGUCGUCACAAUUCGCCAGGAGACAGAGGAGAAAUGCAAAGUUGUGCGUGACAAGCUCCAUCUUACACGCAUCUACCCAAAGUUCCCGGCGGGAGAUGUCAAAGAUUCAGUUGUCAUGGUGAGCGAUGAGUUUCUCGGUGUAACAACGAUCGCCGAGCACGAUGACCCUCAGUUCGAUAUGUAUUUCGUUCAUGGUCUCGGAGGGCAUGCUUUUAAGUCUUGGAGCACGGACAAAGGCGCACCUCACAUGUGGCCCAGAGACUUCCUUCCCAACGACAUCAAAGCUAGGCCGCUGGAUCCCAUGAAUUGGCACGGCCCGAAGUUAGCUGGUCGCUUGGCAACCGUGGGAUAUCGUGCAAGCGCUAUGUGUGCCUCCGCUGCCACUGCGACGAUCGACAAAAUAUCGCAGAAUUUCCUCAACCAUCUUAGGGCUGACCGGACUGAGGCCCUUAUUCAUGCUCUGUCGAAAGAGUCACAUAGGCUAGAGCGAUUCCAAGAUUGUCAAAGUACAUUCUUCAAUGGUGAAGAAUGCCUCGUCAAGGGGAUUUUCUUCUUUGGCACUCCCUUCGAAGGCUCCAGGCUAGCCAGAUAUGCUUCCCGCAUUGUCAAGUUCCUCCGGGGCAAUGACACUCUGAUAGAGAGCUUGAGUAUCGAAUCCGAGGACCUAAACACCAUUGUUGCCAGGUUUGAUCAGAUGCGAAACCACCCAAGGACAAGGAUUCCGAUUGUGAUCGCAUAUGAGAUGCAGCCAAUGUUUGGAAUGAGAUUCGUAACCGACCCCGACUCAGCCAUAAGCUCAUUUGACUGCCAGACCAUCGGCAUUGAAGGCGAUCACCGUACCAUGAUCAAGAUGGAGAACAACCAGGACCAAAGUUACCGUGACGUUGCUGAAUUCAUAAUUCGAAUGAUCCAACGAACACUCUCUGGAUCCAGCAUUAUUCCAUCCUCUUCUGCGGCGAAGCUUGAGAGAAAAGUCUUUCAGGAACUGCCUUUCAGACAGAACCUAGCGAGAGACGAAAGCCCCCCUCCAUAUAAAGGCCAAGAUUCAUGCCGGCCUUCUACAGCAAGUUCGGCCAGCGACGGAACAUCGGCCUCUGACCCUUCUCCUCACUCCCAACCAGUUGGUUUGGGUAUCAGCGACCCAAAAUCCGAAGAAAACGACACUCCCAGCAUAUCCCGCUCCAACAUCGUCCCCGUCAGACUCGACGACCUUAUGAUGCCUCCCAAUCGUAUAAAUGGUGGAAAGGAAGAUAACCGAGAUUUCGCCCUGCUCUCAAAAUUCGACGUCGUCUUCCUUCUCGACGACACGGGAUCGAUGAUGGAAGCCAUCGAGCCGGCCCCCUCAUUUAAUGGCAACUGCGAGGCAAAGGAACGUUCGAAAUGGGAUGAAAUGAUCGAAUCUCUGCGCUACAUCGUCGAUAUUGUAACACACUAUGACCGUGACGGUGUAGACGUGCAUUUCUUCUGCCGGGACGAUAAGGACAAGUUUAGAAUCCAGGAUGGACAACGGGUUCUAGAUCUCUUGACCAACGAAGUCAGUCCAGACGAGAUUGGUGGUGGAACCUUCAUUGCCGAGCGACUUUGGACAAUCCUGACGGCCUAUAUCGACCGGUUCGAAAACUAUCGGCUACGGAUGGCACAGCGGGCACCUUGUCCCGAGAAGCCAAAAAUGUUGAACCUUAUUGUGAUUACGGACGGAGCGGCGGAUGACAAGGAUGCGGUAGAGGAUGUAAUCGUCAAUGCCGCGAAGAGGCUGGAUGAACUGAGGGCGCUUCCAAACCAGGUAGGAAUUCAGUUCCUGCAAAUCGGCAGAAACGAAGCGGCUUCGAGAUGGUUGAAGACAUUGGAUGAUGACCUGAACGAGAAGCAUAGAGUUCGAGACAUGGUUGACACCCGUCCAUGGGACAGAGUCGAUGAGAUCGAUAAGUCUUUGCAAGAGAGACUUACUAACAUUCUCCUUGGCGGCAUUGACAGAGCUAGAGACAUGGAGUAA